UGGCGGAAUGUUUUAUAGGAAGAUUUGAUUCAGUGCGCUCUUUAACGCGAUGGAACAUAGAUAAAUGACUUGUUGUAAAGAGCGUCAUAAGGGAAAAAGGUUUGAAGCUUAACGUCGACACUUGCUAGAAGAUGGCAUUCAUAGAUGAUCCAGAAUUUGUUAUUGCUCACAUUCGUCAUUCAUGUGUAGUCACUGAUGACACGGGUAUGUGUGAACAAGUGAUUAUGAAUGAAGAGUUCGAAAAUGAGAAAGCCAUUAAGCACCGUAGAAGACUUAUUGGAAAGUAUUCUGUUGAUAGGGAUUACCUGGACUUUCCAAGCUAUCCUCAGUCAUUUGACAUCGCAGUCAGCCCAGAUCUCAGGAACUCCAAAUCACAAGGAAAGGGCGAUCGUAAUAGACGAGAAAAGAACAGAGAGGUUAGAUGCACUACAGUUUCAUGGAAGGAGGGUCAAAAGAAUGCCUUAAAUGGAGAAGACCUGUCCANCGUGUUUGCCAAACGUGAGGUGAAGCCAUCUAAAAGUAAAACAGUCACAGUUUCUCAGCUAAGCAGACAGUUGGAAGAAUCUCGUGGAAAACCAAACAAUCCAUUCCUGGAGUACUCCAAAUUUGAAGGAGAGGCUUAUCAAGGAACAUGCGUUACCAAGAAACUAAAAAUAUUUUUAACGAUGCUGCCAGAGGAGGAGAGGGCCAUGCCAAUGAUUGUCACAGUGUUAGGCACUGCCUUUGUCCAGGACCUGAUUGGACUUAUUAUGUACAAAUACACAAAUCAAGGACUAGAGCCUGAGCUGAAGACUGAUGUCAAGUCUUUCAGUUUGCAAAUAGCUGAGGAUGAUGGAGAAGUGGACCUUGACUUUCCAGCUUUGGACAACAAUGAAGCAAUCACUAAAUUUGGUUUUAAUUGUCUGGCUUUAGUUCAGAAAGAUGCCAGUCCAGCCAAACCGACAACCUCAAAAUCUUCAUCUGAGAUCAUAGUGACAGUCCAUGAACGACAGCACGGUUUUUCAAGAGUUAAAGUAGACAGUAUGAAAGCGGAGAUGAAAAAAGUGUUUGAAAAAAUGGUCAAGAAAAGACGCAUAAUAAGAACAGCCAAUGAAUAUGUUCUGGAAAAGGUGACAGAGCCCGGUGUACCAAUUAACCUUGAAUCAAGCUUAGAAAGUAUGGGAACAAGAGAAUUCUGUUUGGUCAGAUUUGGACGUAAGUACCUCAUUUGACUGCUGUCAUAUUACUCGACUAAUGUGUA